CCGCUUUCACUUCCGGGUCGCCGACCCCCGCCGGCCGCGAGGACCCACCAGGCUCCGCGGGGGUCUCGCGCUGGCUCUCUCGCUCGCGCCUGCGCGGGCCGGCUCUUAGCCCGUCGCUAAGCAACCAGAGGGACGAGGGCGCCCCGGGGAUCCCCACCAUGCCGCACAUCGACAACGACGUGAAACUCGACUUCAAGGAUGUGUUGUUGAGACCCAAGCGCAGCACCCUGAAGUCUCGCAGCGAGGUGAACCUCAUGCGGUCCUUCGUCUUCCGGAACUCAAAGCAGAGCUACUCGGGGAUUCCCGUCAUCGCCGCCAACAUGGACACCGUCGGCACUUUUGAGAUGGCCAAGGAGCUGUGUAAGUUCUCCCUCUUCACCACUAUCCACAAGCACUACAACCUGCAGCAGUGGAAGGAGUUCGCCUCCCAGAACCCCGACUGCCUGGAGCACCUGGCGGCCAGCUCGGGCAUGGGCUCCUCCGACUUGGAGCAGCUGGUGCAGAUCCUGGAGGCCCUGCCGGAGGUCAGGUACAUCUGCCUGGACGUCGCCAACGGCUACUCCGAGGACUUCGUCGAAUUCGUGAAGGUCGUGCGGAAGCGCUUCCCCCAGCACACCAUCAUGGCCGGGAACGUGGUGACGGGAGAAAUGGUGGAGGAGCUGAUUCUCUCCGGGGCCGAUAUCAUCAAGGUGGGGAUCGGGCCAGGCUCCGUGUGCACCACGCGGCAGAAGACGGGGGUGGGGUACCCGCAGCUCAGCGCCGUGAUGGAGUGUGCCGACGCCGCCCACGGCCUCAACGGCCACAUCAUCUCCGACGGAGGCUGCAGCUGUCCCGGGGAUGUGGCCAAAGCCUUUGGGGCCGGAGCGGACUUUGUGAUGCUGGGGGGCAUGCUGGCCGGCCACACGGAAUCGGGCGGCGACCUCAUCAAGCGGGACGGCAAGCAGUACAAGCUGUUCUACGGCAUGAGCUCGGACCUGGCCAUGAAGAAGUACGCCGGGGGCGUGGCCGACUACAGGGCCUCGGAAGGCAAGACGGUGGAAGUGCCCUUCAAGGGCCCGGUGGAGCGGACGGUGCGCGACCUGCUGGGCGGGAUCCGCUCCACCUGCACCUACGUGGGGGCCGCCAAGCUGAAGGAGCUGAGCCGGCGGACCACCUUCAUCCGCGUCACACAGCAGCUCAACCCCGUCUUCGGCGCCGAAGGCCGGACCUGACCUCCCGCCCGUCCGCCGACGUCCCCCCGAGCCCCCCGCCCGCCUCUGCCCUCUCCGUUCCCCCCGGCUGGAGAUGGGUGAAGAAACAGGGGAGGGCAGGCGGAGCCUCCACUCCAGCCUCCGCUCCUCCUUCCUCGUGGCUCCUCUCCCCACCAACCCCCUCCCCGCCCCUAGCACCUUCCUCCCACGCCCUCGCCCGCCCAGGAGGCAGUUUGGCCAAUAUAGACUUUAAUCCAU